AUGUUGUUCCGAGCAGCAUCCGCGGCGGCGCUAGCCGCCACGGCUACCGCCUCUCUCUCGACCUACGAGCCCGUCCGCCGCUCGCCCGCCGACUUUGACUGGGCGACGCUGACGCCCUCGUGGUCGUUGCACUUUUCCCCGUGCUACGACGAGUACGAGUGCGCGCGGCUCCUCGUCCCGGUCGACUGGACGGGCGCCGACGCCGAGCACAACAACAGCACGCGCACCAUGGCGAUUGCGCUGACCCGCCUGCGCGCCGACACGACGGGGUCCGAGGAGGCCGCGCACGGCGGCACCGUCAUUGUCAACCCCGGCGGGCCCGGCGACUCGGGCGUCGUCGACAUGCUCGUCAACGGGCACUACCUGCGGGACCUGGUCGCCACCGACGCGACGCGCUUCGACGUGCUCUCGUUUGACCCCCGCGGGAUGGCGUUUAGCACGCCCGCGAUGGACUGCUUCGCGGGGAGCGACGCCGCCGGGCGCGCGCUGUUUGCCGCCGAGACGGCGGGCGUGGAUGCGGCGAGCGUGAGCGGCGACAACAGAGACGAGGUGCUGACGCCGAAAAGGGCGCUGCUGAAUGCGUAUGGGAGCAAGUGCGAUGCCGCGGGGGAGGAUGGGUAUGCGGUGGCGCGGUACGUGGGCACGACGUCGGUGGCGAGGGAUGUGCUGCGCGUGGUGGACGAGCUGGAGAGGCUGCGCGCGAGGGAGGAGACAGAGGCCGAGGUGGAAGAGCGGCCGAGGCUGCAGUACUUUGGCACGUCGUACGGCACGAUGCUGGGGAAUACGUUCGUGUCCAUGUUCCCUGGGAGGGUGAAGCGCAUGGUCCUGGAUGGCAACGUCGUCCCGGAGGACUAUACCGCUGCGGACUGGUCUGGCAACAUGGUCGACAUCGGCAAAGUCGUUGACAACUUUUACAACGUCUGCUUCGCCGCCCAAUCCGCUUGCGCGCUGUACGACGCGGAAGUCGACACCUCCCCGGGCAGCAUCCGCGCCAAAGUCGACGCCCUCGCCGCCAACCUCACCGCGAAGCCCGCCAUCAUCAGCAGCACUGGCGCUGUGCCCUCCAUCCUCAAGGGCUCCAGCGUGCGGUCUCUCUUCCUCGGACCCCUCUACGCGCCCCUAGGCCCAACAUUCCCCAUGCUUGCUUCGACGCUUGCCGCCGCCAUAGCCGGCAACUACACGCCGCUGGCCAUUGCGCUGCAGAUCCCUGCCGCAGGCUUGUGUGCAGACGCGGCCUCGCAUCCGGCCAAGUACACCUGGCAGCCCGAGGCCGGCACGGUGGUGCGCUGCGGCGACGGCGGCGACGUGCGCAACACGACAAACGACGAGUGGCGCGCGACGCUCGACGCAGUGCAGGGGUCGGCGCCCGACUGGUGGGUGGACUUCUGGAUGGGCGCGCAGCUGCAGUGCCGCGAGUGGCCGGCGCGGCCGCACUGGCGCUUCGCCGGGCCGUUUGGCUCUCCGGCGGCGGACCCGAGCGGGCGGAGCGAGGACCGGCCGUCGGCGCCGGUGCUGUUCCUAGGAAGUCGGUAUGACCCGGCGACGCCGCUGCGGAACUCGGAAACGGCGGCACGGAAGCACAAAGGAGCCAGGGUGGUGGUGCUGAAUGAGCACGGGCACUGCGCGACACUGAGCGGGCCGAGCGCGUGUGUCAGGGAUAUCGUCGGACGGUACAUGGCGACGGGGGAGAUGCCGGAGGAGGGGACCGAGUGCGAGCCGGCGUGUAAGCCGUUUGAGGAGUGUCCGUACCUGAGAAUGAUUUUGCCGUGGUAG